CUAAGAAAGGAGGGUGAUGAUGUGGUAAGCGUGUGGGUUUUUACAGCUUCAGAUCGGACAGAGAGCCCUUCACUUCCUGUUUAGUCACUCUUUGUGCCUCAUCAAAGACGGGCUAAGACAGAAACUCCAAAUAAGCAGCUUUCAUCUGAUGCCUUUGGUAGAGAUGAGUAUCUGUUACAUCUUGGAUGGGGUUCUCAUCCUGUACGGCGUCAUUCUCACCAUCUUGUACUGCAGGCUGAGGAUGUAUCGAUCCAGCAAGACGAGUUGCAGUUAUCCUGAGAAGCAGCCUGCAGGAGGACGCAUCUAUGAGGACCUGACCUCUCGCACCGCUGACACCUACGAUACCAUCAACAUGACUAAAAAGCCGUUUGCGUGACGUAUUUGGUGCCGUCAGGAUGCUGAGCAGAGAAAACUGCCUUAUAUUGUAAAUUAUGUUUCAGAGUUUGUUUUUUCUUCUUUUUGUAGAAACUUUAUUUUGCAUGCACAGAAUGUUGAGGUGGCUAAAUGAAAUUCAAAAAUACUUUUUUAAUCCCAGAGGGAAAUUAAGUGUUUGUAACUCGUUCUUCAAAGCAAUAAUUAAAUAAACAACAUUAAUAAUAAA